GACGUUUCGUGACAUAUAUUCAGUUUAUUUUUUUGUAUCCACAAUUUCAAACAAUAAUAAACGUUUAGUUUAAUUUGCUUCUUAAAGUUGAUUGUUUAUUCGUGAUAGUUGCCGAAAAAAAUAAAUUAAUUAAUAUGUUUUCUUUACAACGCGUAAACAAAUAUGUCCGAUGAAUUCGCAAUAAUUAAUUAAGAUUACAUUUAGUUUUAAGAAGUGUUAACUACACGUUGCAGUUGACUUUAUUUUAGGUUUUAAGAGUACAACGUAAAGAAGAUGAACGUAGAAUCGAAAUCGAUCUGCAAAUUCCACUUACAAGGCAGGUGCAGAUUCGGCACCCGAUGCUGGAACCUCCACCAGAACCCCCGCUCGGAGUACCGCCCGAAGAAACUCGACAACGCCCCGGCGGAAAAGCACAACCGAGUCCAAUGCUCUAAAAAACCAUCACUAGCCAAUAACCAAUCGAUAGAAAGGAAAGCGAAAUACAACGAUGACCAACUAGAAGGCGCUUGUUCUUUGGCCUCUACCUCGUCGAAAGGCAGCUUCGGACCGGCAACAGCCACCGUCGAAGAAGCCUUGUAUUUAGUGAAAAAAGUCCAGUCGAGGGAGAAAGUGUGCGGUAUAUGUUUCGAUACGGUUUUGAAAAAAUCUACAGCGUACGAACAAACGUUUGGAUUGUUACCCAAUUGCAAUCAUUGCUUUUGCAUGCCCUGCAUUAAAACGUGGAGGCAAAGCAAGGAGUUCGAUCGUGCGGUGUCGAAAGCUUGCCCCGAAUGCAGGAUUCUCUCGGAUUCCGUGUUUCCCUCGAAAAUCUGGCUGGAGUCCAAAGAAGAUAAGGACAGUUUCAUAGCGGGUAAAAGGGAGAGGAUGAAGAAGCUCCCGUGCAAGUUCUUCCGUAGAGGCAAAGGGAAAUGUCCCUUCGGAAAUACUUGUUUGUACAUGCACGCCUUGCCCAGCGGUAAAGUGCUGGACGUGGGGCCUCCUAGGAGUAGAAAAACGAGGUUAUUCGAUUCGGAUACAGAUGUGUUUGCUGAUUCUGAUGAUUUCGAUGAAUGGUCUGUUGAUGACGAUGAUGAUGACGAUGGUGACGAAAUAGAAUUCGGUUGGGAUGAUUUGGAAUAUAUUGGUAUCGAAAUGGAAGAACUAAUGGAAUAUUCCUACGAGCAUAUGUUUGAUUUUGAUGAGGUAUUUGAUUCUGAUUGAAGAUUGGGAUUAGAUAUAUUUUGGUUUUUUUUAUUACUGCAAAUAAUAGUUAUUUGGCCGUUAAUAUAAGUUUGUAUGUAUUUUUAGUUUUUAAUGAGUAUUUUGCAUUUUGAUUAAAGAUUUUUGAAUGAG